CCUCGUAUCGGAGGGCCUGUGCUGGUGAAUGACCGCAGACCCUUCCAGCCUGGUGUCGUGCUUGGGGUGGCAGCGCUGGCAGGUGCUUGUUUGGAGAACGAGAUCAGGCCACGGUAUUUCCCUCGGUAAUCAUGGAUCAGGUAAUGCAAUUCGUGGAACCCAGCCGUCAGUUUGUAAAAGACUCCAUACGACUUGUUAAAAGAUGCACCAAGCCUGACAGGAAAGAGUUCCAGAAGAUUGCCAUGGCAACAGCAAUAGGCUUUGCGAUAAUGGGAUUUAUUGGUUUCUUUGUCAAAUUGAUCCAUAUCCCAAUCAACAAUAUCAUUGUAGGCGGCUGAAUAUUCAUCAUGAAGAACAAGAUGUUGUGACACUUGCUGCAAAGAUUUCACAGCUUUAACUUGUUUGCUAUUAAACAAGCUCAGUUUGGGUUUUCAAA